UGUCUAAGUUCCGGACGUCACAGAGGUUUGUCUAGGAAAGCUGCAGACAUCCUCACAUUCGAAGGAAGCUGCGGUCAGGAAACAUCCGAUAAACUUCCUCGUGUGGUUCUAAAACUGUUGAUGUUGGUCUGAUCUAGAUACAUCUCUAGUGAUACAUCAUGGCUCGUUGCAGCCUCUGUCUUCACCUCCUAUCUGUCCUUUUUGCUUAUCUAAUAAACGAGGGAUUUACAAUUGAUUUUGAAGGUACAUGCGAGAAACCCAAGGCACCUUCAUCAGUUAAACUGAAAUGUAAAUUCAAAGCUGAUACUUUGGAGUGUUCGGCUAAAUGUAGAAACAAAGGAACGGUUUUUCCCAAUGGUGGCACCAGACAAACAUUCAAUUGCAAAGCCAUCGAAGGAGGGUGGCCCGAGGGUUUUGCCAUACCCGAGUGUGAAGAAAAAUGCGAUCCCCCGUGUGAAAAUCAAGGGAAGUGCUCUAAAAAGAAGUGCAUUUGCACUCCAGAUUACAGAGGACCCAAUUGUCAAUACUCUAAGUCACUCUGUGAUCCAUCAACAUCGCUGGAAUUUUCAGGAAUCGCACAUUGCAACCAUACUUCUACCAUAUCUCUUUGCACUUUUGACUGUCCUAAGGAAACCACGUUCCAAUCCCUACCUGCAGAUUCGUAUAAAUGUAGCAUGGAUGGGGUGUGGGAUCCUUCGGAUAUUCCAAACUGUGUUCCAGUGAAUUUUAUGGACGGAAGUGCACCCGUAGGAAAGGAGACUUUAUUACAAGUCGAAACGAAGACAAGUGGCGUGUGUGCAGCUUGGGGUCGAUCCCACUUCAGAACUUUCGAUGGUUUGCUGUUUAGUUUCCGUGGUCCUUGCACGUAUUUGUUAUCCAAGGAUUGUUCCACGAAUUCUUUUAGCAUCCACCUGAAGGUAGAUCCAUUCUGUACGGAAGAAAUAUGUAAAAAGUACGUUACAGUCUAUCUGGGGGAUGUCAGGUAUGAUUUGGACUACGAGAAUGGGAAUAUUGUGGUAAAGAGAGAGGAGGAGAUAUUGCCUAUUCCUGGAAGUGUCGAAGGCUUGCACUUGGAGAAACCAGCAGAUUAUUUAAUAUUAAGAAGUUCUUCGGGUUUUAGGUUAACGUGGGACGGAAAAGACACCAUUCUGCUUUCGAUAAAUGAUCGUUUGAAAAAUAAUACUUGUGGUUUGUGUGGACAACACGACGGAAUCGUGCAAAAUGAUUUACAGAUGCUGGAUGGAAAAAUUGCACCACAAGUGGCAAGUUUUGUUAACAGUUGGAAGAUGAACGAACUAGGGGAGAAAUGCCAAGAUUCAGUCAAUCAAGAAAACAUUUGCAGUUAUAAAACAGAGGAAGAGAAAAUAAUUUCACAAAGGGCGGAUGUCGAAUGUUCAGCCAUUUACAAUACCGAAUAUACACCUUGUCAUGAUUUGGUAAAUCCUAAACCGUACUUCACAGCUUGUCGAAACGAAUAUUGCGCCUGUAAGUCUCCAGAUAACACUUGCAAGUGCAACACCUUAGCGGAAUACUUUAGAGAAUGCAUUCGAUUGGGUGGAAAAAUACACGGAGGAUGGAGAAACGAAAGUGUUUGCCCUUUAGAUUGUCCGGUGGGAAUGGAGUACUUCGAUUGUGGCAGCUCCUGCCCAAAAACAUGCACUAAGACAGAGUACGAUUGUGAAGACGAACACUGCGUUGACGGAUGUCAUUGCCCGGCAGGAACAGCUCUGUACGAAGGAGAAUGCAUCCCUGAAAGUAAAUGUCCCUGCCAGCACAGUAACAAACAAUAUCAAAAUGGCGAACUCAUAACUAAAGACUGUAACACUUGUGAAUGCCAGGGAGGAAACUGGCAAUGCACCUUAAAAGAGUGCGAAAGGAGGUGCACCUCAGCGGGCGAUCCUCACUACACAACGUUUGAUGGGACGAAAUACGAAUUUAUGGGCACCUGCUCUUAUUAUUUGGUGUACAAUGAAUCGUUCAGUAUCAUUCAAAACAACGAAAAUUGCCGAACACUCGGCCUGGUGAGGAAAAAUGGUGCCCCUUACGGCGACAGAGCAUCUUGUACCAAGUCUUUAACUAUCAAUUACGGCAACAAUAAAGUCAUCUUUAAACACGGAGCGGAGGUUUCUGUCAAUGGACAAGACGUAAAAGACUUUCCUUUCUCCAAUAAGGAUAUUAAUAUCAUGCAUGGAACUUCGAAUUUAUUGACGUUGGACAUACCAAAUCUGCUAACCAUCAUUUGGGAUGGAAAAAACCGUGUAUACGUGGAUGCGGCUGCAGCUUUGCAUAACUCAGUUACUGGGUUGUGUGGGACUUUGAACAACAAUCAAAAUGACGAUUUCUUGACCCCAGACGGAAACGUAGAAAUCGAUGUGAGUAAAUUCGCAGACAAAUGGAAAACGGAUCCCACGUGCAGCGAAGAAUUACAGAAUAUUGACACUAGAGAUUCCUGCGACAUUAAUCCGCAGAAGAAAGAGACUUCAGAGGAAUUAUGUUCUAUAAUAAAAAGUGAUAUAUUUAAAGAAUGCCACGACGAUGUAGAUCCCGAUCCAUUCUUUAAGGAUUGCUUAUACGACAUGUGCGCCUGUGCUGUGAAAGCUAAAGAAUGUCUUUGUCCUUCUAUGGAUAAUUAUGCAGCAACGUGUGCCAAGAAAGGUGUCAUAGUAUCUUGGAAGACAGAAGUGCCGUCAUGUCAAACUCCGUGUCACGGUGGUCAGAUUUAUCAGGAAUGCAGCAAUCCGUGCCAACUUAAUUGUAAAUCUAUAUCCAUGGGAGAAAAAUGCGUGAAGAAAUGUAUACAAGGUUGUGCAUGUCCAGAAGGUAUGACAUUGGGUAACGAUGGAAUAUGCAUCCCAAUUAUCGAGUGCCCUUGUUUCUUCAAAGAUAUGGAAUAUGCUCCAAAUGCAAUGAGAACAAAUGGGAAGACCGAAUGUAAUUGUAAAAAUGCUAAAUGGGAAUGUCGAGUAUCAGAAAAACACAAUGCUACUAUAAUGGAAGAAUUUAUGAUGUCUGAUAUUGGACAAUACUGCGAUCCCGAAUUGCAUCUUGAAUAUUCUGAUUGUCUAGAUUGUCCGGUAACUUGCGAAAAUUACUUCACUCCAAAGAAAUUGUGCGAGAAUAAUGCAUGUAGACAAGGAUGUGGAUGCCAACCGGGUUACAUUCUUGAAGAUAUAUAUGCUCAGGGCUGCAUAAAAGCAACAGAAUGUGGAUGCACUCAUGGAGGAAAGAAAUACCCAAAUGGAUCUACAAGAAAAAGAGAUUGUAGAACUUGCGUUUGCAACAGCGGUCAGUGGAAAUGCGAAGAGAAAAACUGUCCAGGAUUCUGUUCUUCUUGGGGAGGAUCGCAUUUUAAAACAUUCGACGGUCACUUAUACGAGUUCCAAGGCGAUUGCGAAUAUAUCUUGACCGAAUCCCUCAAGAAAGACGACAUCGACAGUUUCAGAAUUACCAUUAAAAACGAAGAAUGUGGAACGAGUGGAAUCACCUGUAUUAAAACUGUCAAGUUUUAUUUGGGUGAAUUUAAAGUAAUUUUAUCCGAAAAUGAGCCACUUCCAAGGCCAAACUAUAAUUCUCGUCUGAUGGUGAGGAAAGUGGGAUUGUAUGUGUUUGUGUACAGCAACAUCGGUAUUAUACUUCAGUGGGACAGAAGAAGUCGAGUUUCUAUUCAAGCAAAUCCGUCUUGGAGAGGAAAGCUAACUGGUUUGUGUGGUAAUUUUAACGACGACAGACUCGACGAUUUCAAAAGUCCAGCAGGAGGUCUGGUGGAAGCUCGAGCGGUGGUGUUUGGUCACAGUUGGAGAUUAUAUGAAAGUUGUCCUUAUCCUUUGGAUAUCAAAGAUCCUUGUACUGCCAGUCGCAAACAAUUUGCUACUACCCAGUGCGGUAUACUAAAAUCUGACGUAUUUAAACCUUGUCACUUGGCCGUACCUCUCACUCCAUAUUUCGACAGGUGUGUAACCGAUACUUGCGGCUGCGACAAAGGAGGUGAUUGCGAAUGUUUAUGCACAGCUAUAUCCGCUUAUGCUUACGAAUGUAACAUUCAGGGUAUUUAUAUUAAAUGGAGAACACAGGAUUUAUGUCCUGUUCAGUGCGAAGAAUGCGGUAGAUACGAACCGUGCAUUUCCACUUGCCCAAAAAUGACGUGCGAAACGAAAUUCCUGUAUUCUGGUUUGAACGAUUUAUGUACAAACGAACCGUGUGUAGACGGAUGCGAACCAAAACCUUGCCCAGGGGGCCAAAUUUUCAACAAUGAUAACGACUUUAAAUGCAUACCCGAAGAAGAGUGUAAAGUGCAUUGCUUGGAAAUUAACGGCAUCCUGUAUUACGAAGGCGAACUCAUACAAGACGUUAGUGUUGGUGAUGGAUGUCAGACAUGUUACUGUCGUCGCGGUAAUAUCAGUUGUAUAGGUCAACCUUGUUCCACGCCAUUACCGUUCUGUUACAAGAACGGUUGGUCCGAAUGGAUCAACACACCCCCAACGAUAACAGGAGAUUACGAACUCAUAAAAGAUCUUAAGAUACCUUGCAGUCCAGAUAAGAUAACUGAUAUAGAAUGUAGGCUUGCUGGUACUGAAAUUUCUUCGAAAAACCCAUUAAAAUUUCAAUCUCAGAAACUGACAUGUGACACUUCUAUUGGAUUAAAAUGUAGCAAUGCUGAGCAAACAACUGGAAAAUGUGAAGAUUUCGAAGUAAAAGUAUAUUGUGAUUGUUCUCAGUUUACCACAAUUCCUCCAACACCUUCCAUAAAAACUGAAGAACCAGAAAUUCUACCAAUACCAGAAUGUACAGCACCAGGAUGGACUUUCUGGAUGAAUUCUGAAAAACCAACUGACGAAGGAGAAGAUGAAGAUAUAUCCACAAUAAGGAAAUUUUAUAAAUUCUGUCCAGAUGAAGAAAUUACUGACGUUCAGUGUCGUAUAGCAUCUAGCGGUAUAGAUUCCGAAUUUACAAAUGAAGACGUUGAGUGUACAAAGAAAGGUGUCUUCUGUAAAACUAGUUCCGUAGGUGUCAGGUGUUCCGAUUAUGAAAUAAGAUUUUAUUGCUUGUGUGAAGAUUCCGAAUGUAGCGAUCCCAGAGGGAUGGAAAAAGGAGAAAUUCUCGAUUCACAGAUAAGAGUAUCGAGCUUUACUGGGAGAAAUAACAAAGCAAGACUUAAUAGCGAAUAUUAUUGGAGAUCAAAAUUAAAUUCGAGUACGGAAUGGAUUGAGAUAAAUUUAGGAGAAGUUCAAAAUAUAACUGGAAUUAGCACACAAGGACAUCCGUUUGCUGACGAAUGGGUAACUUCGUACGUGGUUCUUUACGGAGAUGACAAAUUCAACUUUAAGACUAUUUUAGAUGAAGACGGAAAGAAGAAGAAAUUCCGAGGUAACGAAGACCGUGACACGGUGGUAACUCAAUACUUACCCAUAAAACUGAGAACCAAAUUCAUACGUAUUUAUCCCCAAGACUGGUUCAAUUGGAUAACUAUGAGAGUCGAGUUACUUGGUUGCAACGUAAAAGUUCCCAUAAGAGUUACCACUACUCUGCCAAUUUUCUCAACUUCACCGGUCCCGACGUCCCCAACAGUUUGUGUACAGGGGUGGACAGAAUAUUACGAUACUGACGAUCCGUCGACCGACGAUGGAGACACAGAAAACAUUACCUACAUUAAAGCUGUUUACGGAAUCUGUAAGGGUGGUGUUAUAUCAGAUGUACAAUGCGUUACAGAGGUUGAAGGUGAACUUGUCGACUAUACCAAAAGUGGAGAUUCCAGUCUCAAGUGUUCUCGUACCACAGGAUUUGUAUGCAUUAAUUUUAUGCAAAGAAAGACAAAGAAAUGUAAAAAUUAUAAAAUACGAUUGUAUUGUGAUUGCGGUGAAUUAACUACAUCGGAGUCAGUUACUUCAACUUUAUAUAUUCCACCUCCUUGUACACAAGGAUGGACAGAAUAUUAUAACACGAAUAAUCCAUGGGAUGGAGAAGGAGACUUUGAACCGUUAACCGAAUUGAUAGAAAAAUAUAAAUUUUGUCAAGCUGAUCAAGUGAAGAAUGUGGAAUGUAAAGCUCUAAUUUUGAAUGGUGGAGUAAAAUCUGAAUCUCUAGAAGUGACACGAGUGGAUUGGACAGAAUCUGGAGACGUAGUCACGUGUAAUGUGGAAGAAGGUCUGGUUUGUUUUAAUAAUCUCCAGGGUAAAGGAAAACGUUGCAAGGAUUACGCCGUUAGAUUUUAUUGCCAGUGCGAAAACCUUCCAAUAAAAGUUAAUCCGUGUGAUUGGAGCAGUUGGAUUAACUUCGAUAAUCCAAGGAGUAGUAUUGAUGACGAUGGUGAUGUGGAAAAUAUCGAAAUUGCACNUUUAACCAGUUCUAUAAUAAAUUUAGGAGAAGUUCAAAAUAUAACUGGAAUUAGCACACAAGGACAUCCGUUUGCUGACGAAUGGGUAACUUCGUACGUGGUUCUUUACGGAGAUGACAAAUUCAACUUUAAGACUAUUUUAGAUGAAGACGGAAAGAAGAAGAAAUUCCGAGGUAACGAAGACCGUGACACGGUGGUAACUCAAUACUUACCCAUAAAACUGAGAACCAAAUUCAUACGUAUUUAUCCCCAAGACUGGUUCAAUUGGAUAACUAUGAGAGUCGAGUUACUUGGUUGCAACGUAAAAGUUCCCAUAAGAGUUACCACUACUCUGCCAAUUUUCUCAACUUCACCGGUCCCGACGUCCCCAACAGUUUGUGUACAGGGGUGGACAGAAUAUUACGAUACUGACGAUCCGUCGACCGACGAUGGAGACACAGAAAACAUUACCUACAUUAAAGCUGUUUACGGAAUCUGUAAGGGUGGUGUUAUAUCAGAUGUACAAUGCGUUACAGAGGUUGAAGGUGAACUUGUCGACUAUACCAAAAGUGGAGAUUCCAGUCUCAAGUGUUCUCGUACCACAGGAUUUGUAUGCAUUAAUUUUAUGCAAAGAAAGACAAAGAAAUGUAAAAAUUAUAAAAUACGAUUGUAUUGUGAUUGCGGUGAAUUAACUACAUCGGAGUCAGUUACUUCAACUUUAUAUAUUCCACCUCCUUGUACACAAGGAUGGACAGAAUAUUAUAACACGAAUAAUCCAUGGGAUGGAGAAGGAGACUUUGAACCGUUAACCGAAUUGAUAGAAAAAUAUAAAUUUUGUCAAGCUGAUCAAGUGAAGAAUGUGGAAUGUAAAGCUCUAAUUUUGAAUGGUGGAGUAAAAUCUGAAUCUCUAGAAGUGACACGAGUGGAUUGGACAGAAUCUGGAGACGUAGUCACGUGUAAUGUGGAAGAAGGUCUGGUUUGUUUUAAUAAUCUCCAGGGUAAAGGAAAACGUUGCAAGGAUUACGCCGUUAGAUUUUAUUGCCAGUGCGAAAACCUUCCAAUAAAAGUUAAUCCGUGUGAUUGGAGCAGUUGGAUUAACUUCGAUAAUCCAAGGAGUAGUAUUGAUGACGAUGGUGAUGUGGAAAAUAUCGAAAUUGCACAGAAAGAAAACGAUUUGUGCCAAAAACCAGCUUUGAAAGAGAUCCAAUGUCGCGAUGCAAAAUCAUUGAAAGACUACACAGAAACUGGUCAAAACAAUUUGGUCUGUGACCCCGAAGUCGGUUUUAAAUGUUAUAAUAAAUUCCAAAAGGAAAGUUGUUACGACUACGAAUAUCGCGUUUUUUGUUUUUACGAUUGGUGCACUCCAAGAACACCAAGAAUAGAAACCGUAACUCCAAAUGUUUCUACUGAAGUCACUUCACCAGUUUCUACUGAAAUCUUUUCACGAAUUACUUCAGAACUCACUUCAAGAGUUUCUACUGAAAUCACUACGCCAUCAACCUCUCCUUGCCCACCUAACGAAAUUUACCACGAAUGCGCUUACGAUUGCAAUUUUCUUUGCCUUUCGUACCUCGAAGAUUUACGCGAAUUAAAAAUAUGCACUGAAGAAAUCCGGUGCGUGGCCGGAUGUCGCCCUCAAAUAGAAUGCAAAUAUCCAUAUUUUUGGCGAGAUUCUCGUACCUGUGUCCAUAUUAAAGAUUGUACAUGUGUUCUGGAAAACGGCAAAAUUAUAGCCCCCGGUUCCUUCGAAACUUACGAAUGUGAAAAAUGCCAAUGCUACAACAAUACACUUAGCUGUCGCGAAAUCCCAAAUUGUGGUAAAACGACACCCACACCUGCGAGUCGUUAUGUAUGCAGUAAUAGUUCUCUUGGAAUAGAAGACGGGAGCAUUUCUAUUGAACAAAUUGCAGUGUCUUCCGAAUUAUACCCCGCUACUAAAGAUAGAAUUCGAUUAAACACUGUUGCUACAGAAAAUGGAAAUGGCGGUUGGGCAACGGAAUUUACUGAUCGUUUCCAGUAUGUACAGAUCGACUUUUUGGAAUUAAAAAAUAUAACCGGAGUUAUUACACAAGGAGAAAAUGGACUGAGCAAUUGGGUAACGGAAUACACCGUCGAUUACAGUAACGAUGGAGUAUCUUGGCAGUAUAUUGUCGAAGAUGGUAAAACAAAGAAAUUCAAAGGAAAUUUCGACAGCGAUACCGCAGUUACUAAUUAUUUCCCUCGAAUGAUCGAAACUCGAUUCUUAAAAAUAAUUCCUGUCUCUUGGAACAAUUGGAUAAGCAUGAGGAUUGAUGUUUUGGGUUGUCUUUCUAUUCCCAAUACUUUUCUAGUAACGAAUAAACCUGAAUACACAACUGAAGGAAUUAAAAGUUACUCUAAAACUAUUUCACCCGGUUCGUGCGUGGAGAGAAUGGGUUUUUCGGAACACACCCUACCGACCAGCCUCAUCACUGUGUCGUCUUCACGAAGUCCACUCAGUGAUGCCAGUCGCAUUGCCUUGGAAACACAGAGUGACGCUUACGGCACCGGAGGAUGGGUGGCCUCCGAAAACGAUUUAAAUCCCGUAAUAGAUAUCGAUUUCAAGGGAUUAAGAAAUUUAAGUGGAAUAAUUAUUCAAGGUCAGCAAGAUGAAGAUAACUGGGUGACAGAAUACACUGUUCAAUACAGUGUUGAUAAAAUAGACUGGACUGAUAUAAAAGAACGUACGAGUAAAGAAAAAGUGUUUAAAGGAAAUUCGGAUCGAAGCACUCAAGUCACAAAUUGGUUUACAACACUGAUAGAAGCUCAAUAUCUUCGAAUCAAACCCACAAGUUAUCAUGGUUCAUCUUCUGCCAUGAGACUAGAAGUCAUUGGAUGUCCUGUUACAUUCGAAGUUACCACCCCCUUAUCACGAGGAAUCGAUUACUGUCCAGAAUUACCAGAAGAUUUCAAAGUGAAUUGUCCUUCUACCUGCCCUGUUAAUACAGUUUGCGAUGGCUACAAUUGCAUCGAUGUUAUGGAUUGUCCAUGUUACAUUGAUGGAGUAAAAUACGAGUUAAAUGUAAUUCACGAAACAGUAGAUUGUCAAGAAUGCAUUUGCUCUUUUGGAAGUUCAAAAUGUAAUCCAAAGAAUUGUCCUCCUUGUCCAGAGAGUCAUAAAAAAGAGAUUAAAGAAAACUGCGAAUGCGUGUGUAAAUUGUGCGACAAAGGAACUGUGCUCUGUCCUACUAGCGGAGAAUGCAUUGAUGAAGAUCGUUGGUGUGACGGAAAACAAGAUUGUCCGGAUGACGAAGACAACACUUGCCCCACUACAGUGCCUGAAAUAACUAUUAUUCCAAGUCCAGAACCGUGUGUACCAAGAAUUGGUGAAUAUGAGGCAGUGUGUGAAACAUCGACAGUCCAGUUUUUGACAUUCGACGGAAACGAUUUCGUGUACGACAUAUGUAAUCAUAUUCUUUUCAGAGAUAAAGAAAAUCAAAAAUAUGUAGUGAAAAUUGCUAAAGAUUGUUCGGAUAAAACCAAUUUCUGUAGAAGGUACCUGGAAAUUAAAGUUGAUGGUUUUGAUAUUAUAUUUGGACCCGGAUUGAAUAUACAAUUCAGAGGAACGACAAUUCCUAGUGACAAACUUUGGUUAUUAUCGAGACGUUUUAAGAAAUUUCAAUUGAUGCAAAUGGGAGAAACAAUAAAAUUAAUCUCUUUAGAACACGGAUUCGAAAUCAUUUGGAAUAAAUAUAAUAAUGCAAAAAUUAAGGUUUCUAAGUGUCUGAUGCACAGUGUAAAUGGAUUAUGUGGUUUGUAUAAUGGCAUUAAAGAUGACGAUUUUGAGAAAGUGGAUGGAACUAUAGCAGAUACUGUGAAGACUUUUGGAGAUAGCUGGAGCGUAGGACCUCAAGAAGUAUGCUACGAAUCUACUUGUCCUCCUGAAAUCAGAAUCAAAGCGGAUGAAAUAUGUAAUUCCUUAAAAGAUCCCAUAUUUGAUAACUGCAAUCGUAUCAUCGAUAUAAAUAGGCAGAUUGAAUUUUGUCUGGGUGUUGCCUGCGAAUGUGUUCAAUCGGGCGAACCAUCAAAAUGUCUCUGUCAAGCAUUAGAGGAUUUUGUCCAUACGUGCGAACAGAAAACCGGUUACGUAAUGGAAGAAUGGAGAGUAAAUUAUAAUUGCGUACCAGAGUGCCCACCCGGAUUGGAAUGGAGGGAGUGUGGACCAUCUUGCGAACUAACGUGCGAUAAUUUCCAACAAAAAAAUCUUAUUUGUUCAAAAGAAUGCGUGUCAGGUUGUUUCUGCCCUCCUGGUCUUCUUAGACACGGAGACAUUUGCAUAAAAGCUGAAAAAUGCCACGACUGUAUUUGUUCGGGUCACGGCGAUCCUAAUUACAUCACUUUUGACGAACGAGAAUACGCUUUUCAGGGAAUGUGUACAUAUGUUCUCGCUCGAAGCAACGACCUCGUCGGAUACUUCUACGAAUUCGAAGUAUUAGGUAUUAAUACGGAGUGCCCAGAAGAACCAGGAACAGCCUGCACAGCUGGAUUAAUUGUAAAUUAUAAAAACAAUGUUAUUAGGAUUUACAGAGGAGAAGCCAUAAGAUUCAACGAUCAGCCAUUAGCGUACGAGGAAUAUCCAUUUUAUGCGAAUGGAAUUAACAUAACAGUCAAUCCGGGAAAGAGUGCCCUAGUUUAUAUUGCUGACAUUAAUUUAAUUGUUCGCUAUUUUGAAUCGAAUUAUGGAUUUGUUGUAGAAUUGCCUUCUAAAUUAUAUUAUAAUGCUACUGAAGGAUUGUGUGGUAUAUGCAAUUUUGUACAAAGUGAUGACUUUUAUCAUAAAGACGGGUACAUCGAGAAAGAUGUAAAUGAGUUCGCAUCUAGUUGGUUUGUUAAAAAUGACAAAGAAAGCAGAGAACUCUGUAAAGAAAAAAUAUUAGAACCACCAAAUCCAAACCCAGAAAUCUGCAUUUUUACGGAAAAUAAUUGCGAUUUGUUCGUAAAUCCUGAUCCCUAUGUCAAAUCGUGUGAAAACGACGUGGGUUACAGCCGAAAUCAGAGUUCUUCUGUCUGUCAUUCAAAACUUCAGUAUGCACAGAAAUGCUGCGAGAAAGGAAUUAUUCUGGAUGAAUGGUUAGCACAAAGUGGCUGCCUUGAUUCGUGUCAAGAAAAUAUGAUUUUCCAAUGCACUAGUCAUUGUCAGUAUUCUUGUGAUAAUUACAAAGGAGUCGAACAAUUCUGUGAAGUACCACCAGAAUACCAGUGCGCCUGUCCGGAAGGCAAAGUUUUAAAAGACGGAAGUUGCGUCGAUCCGAUUUAUUGUAAAAUAUGUGACUCUGAAGGACAUAGAGUUGGAGAUCGAUGGGAGAAAGAUCAAUGCACGGUCUGCGAAUGUUUGCAAGAUCUGACAGUUAAUUGUUUACCUAAAAGUUGUCCAGAACCACCGGAAUGUACUUCGCAACAAACGUUGAAAAUUGAUACGAAAACAGAAUGCUGUGUUCUAUACACCUGCGAGGAUGUGGCUAGAACUUGUGAUAAAAAGUGUAAUCCAGAUGAAGAAUUAAUAAUUGAAAAAUGUAUAUGCAAGCCGAAAGAAAAAUGUAUGUAUAAACAUGAAUAUCAAAUAGAAAAUGGCAUUCAAGUUGCAGUCAGAGAAGAAAACGUUGUCACUUAUUUGAUUGGACAAAAGUGGAUCGACGGUCUGUGCAAGAACUGUACUUGUAAAGACGAUGAAGGUCUUGUUACAACAUAUUGUCAAACCGAAAAAUGUCCUACACCUGUAGAGUCAAACGAUUAUUCUUACGAAGCAAUAAUAAAAGAAGGGGAAUGCUGUCCAGAAUAUACAAAGCUGUUUUGUAUAGGAGACAAACAGUAUAAAGAAGGAGAAGAAUGGUCAAUGGGCGAAAAAUGUGUCAAGUACAAAUGUGUCAAUGGCGAUAAUGGACUUCAGAAAAUAAGGCAAGAGUAUGAAUGUGAUAAAACGUGCGCUCCUAAUUUCCGUUAUGUGGAACCAUCACCCGAUUCUGAAAAUUGCUGUGGACAUUGCAAUCAAGUUGCAUGCGAAGAAAAUGGAAAAAUAUACGACGUUGGUCAGCGCUGGACUUCUGAAAUUAAAAAAUGCUACGAUGCCGAAUGUGCCGAAAUAAACGGUGUAAUUCAAAUAGUUUACACCACCGUGUGUAAGUCCAACAUCGAGAAUUGUCCAAAGGAUCAAAUCAUUCUGGACGAAACUGGAUGCUGUCAAAUAUGUCGUCUUGAAUGCAACCCUCGAGUGAUUCCUCCAGAAGAUACGAGUCGAAUGUUUUACUUUAAUGACAAAAAGGGAAACUACUGUUACAAUACUUAUCCGCUUCAUAAUGUAACGGUGUGUUCGGGUAAAUGCUUAUCAGAAAUUCGAUAUGAUUAUGAUACGGAUCACUUUGACGGAAUGUGUAGAUGCUGCGUGGCAAAAGAAACUGUACCAAUGUCAAUAGAAUUUGAAUGCAGGGAUGGUUCAUUUCUCACCAAACAAUAUCGUAAACCUGUGUCGUGCGAGUGCACAAAAUGCAAAGGGUUGAUUCACGAGGAAGAAAUUCUGGAAAGAACACCUUCGAAAUAAUUCGAGUUAACGCUUUUUUUUACUCAUCGCCCUCAACUUUCUUGGUUUUAUUACUUAAAAAUUGUGUUUUUUGUUGUUAAAUAAAUGUCUUUAUUUCGUCCAA